GCAUUGCUCUUCUGCUCCGGUCACUAGUAAAUCAUCAGUUUCGUUGCUCCUCUGCCUCUGCGAAGAGACCGGGCUGGCUGCCCGGCCUUCCCCGGGGGCUCGGGGAUGCGCGGUCGCGGCAGAGGCGCAUGUUUGAGGGCUUCCCGGCGCAGGCGAAGGCGAGGAGAGCAGCGCGGUGAGCGCUCACCAGUGACCGCCGCGGUCGGUGCGAGCCGCCGGGCGCCGGGCACCUCGGGGCCGCCGGCACCGCCGCGGGGCUGCGGGUGCUGCGCGUCGCCGCUUCCCGGCCGGGAUCUGCAGCGGAGCGGGGUUGCCGGGGUCUGGUUUACGAUGGAACUUACAUCAUUGCCUAAAUUCCUUUGGACAAGUGACAACAAACUUCUGCAUCACCAUUUUCCGGACAUAUUGGCUACUGUUCAUACCACACAAGACAUUCCCAAAGAAGUCAUUUUUGGACCAUGCAUGCUCCAGAACACCCUACUGGACACUGUAGCUUUUAUUGCUCUCAAAUGUUCUGACAAAAGGAACAUCCAUUAUGUAUUUAAGGUAGACGUUACAUCUGUGCACAGUCCCACAGGACUGCCUUGGAUGAGACUUGUUCAAGCAGCUGCCAAUAGCAAGGAGCAGAACUUGGAAGCAUACUUAAAAAAUAGCCAGCUAUAUUAUCGCUCCACCAGGAAAAUCGACAAAAAUGAGGAGCUCCUCGUCUGGUAUGAUGAGGAGCUUUCCAGCCUCCUGGGUUUCAAUGAGAUAAAAGCACAGAGUCCCCAGAACGAGCUGAGAUGCCAAGAAUGCAACCGAGUCUUUAAAUGUGAGCAUUCCUAUCUCUCCCACGUCCGCUUCCUGUGUGUCUCAGAGAAGAGUGCCCUGCUAUGGAGAAACUUCCAGGACCCAAAGACUGCAAAAGGCAGCUUAGCUGAGCAAACCACAAAUUUUCACAGCCUGGCAAGGGAUCUAGAGGUCAAAAUGGCAGCUCGAAAAGAUGAUAACCAUGGUCUCACAGGAGAGAGGAGAGCAAAAUCAGAAGAGGCUGAGAAUAAUAGGAGCAGGAAAACGGUGUUGUUGGAGAAAACCAAUAAUCUGAGUGAAGAACAUACCUGUGGGGGCAAGGAAGAGACGGGGGGAGAGCAUGCAUUGGCUGGUUCCUUCUGGAAGCUUAGUUCAGGGAGGCAGUCAGCUAGGAAGGAUGCUUUAGAGCAGAAGCAGAGUGCUUUCACUGAGGUAAGGAGGAUGAAGGACAAACUGAGGAAUGAGAAACCCAAGGAAUCAGAACAGGAGGAUGGCCCAGUCCCACUUGGUAAAGAGCAGGCGUCAAAGGAAGUGUUGCUGAACUCCUCCGGCAGUGCAUUCUCCUUUGUGUGGCCCACCAGUGCCCGAGGAGAACAGAAGAGUGCUUUCAGCAAACCCAGUAAGUGUCUAGCAGAAAGAGCUGCAGUAAAUUCUUCUCAUCCCAUGAACGACUCAGCAAAGAGCCUGGGGGAGCUGUCGGGCCUCAUUGCCACCACAGACAUCAUGUGCUGCAGCACUCUCCUCAAUUCCAAGUUCUUUGUCAGUGAUUUGUGCAACUCUCAGAUGCUGCAGACAAGCAUCACUCGGAGCAAUGUUUUCCCAUAUACCUCAGAACCAUGGCCCAAACAAACAGGAGGACAGUUACAAAACACAACCACCACUUCCUCCUCCUCCUCUUCCUCCUCCUCUUCCUUGACUCUCCUUCCCCCCACCUUCACAUCAUUUGGAGUAGCUGCCCAGAACUGGUGUGCCAAAUGCAACCUGUCCUUUCGCAUGACAUCCGAUUUAGUCUUCCACAUGCGGUCACAUCACAAAAAAGAAUAUUCCUCAACUGAAUCCCAGUGCAAGAGGAGACGGGAGGAGAAGCUAACAUGCCCAAUAUGUCAUGAGUACUUCCGAGAACGCCAUCAUUUAUCUCGGCACAUGACUUCCCAUAAUUAGAGCUGUGCAGGCAGAUCUCACCAAGAGACUGGGCAGGCUGGGUAAAGAAGGGGAACAGAAUUCAUUUGUAUCCAUUUCUUUUUGUGUUACAUUAAUUUCUUACAGGAAACCACUGUUUACAAUAAUUUAUAAUAGAUGCUUCGCAAAAAUAUAUAUAAUGUUUACAAGAGUCUGAAUGGAUUGUAAGUUCUGAAAACUCAACCGAGUCCCUGUCAAUCUAUUUUUGAGGAAAUAAAAUAGUGAAAUGAA